AUGCGUCAAACAUCGGAUCAGUUUUACAUUGAUGUUUUGUGCCUCUUUAUUAGUCCACUGUUUAGCAACCCGGAGGAAGCGCUGCGAUUGAAACUUAUACAAUGGCUGGUACGCCGGUACCUAUCUUCCAGGAAAGGCGAUAAUUUAGGUGUGUUUAUUACGGGCUAUAGACAGGUAGCGGGCCGCUACAUUCGGUUGUUAUUCAGCACAAUCGAGGAGGUGUGCGCCUUGCUUGAUAUUCCCCCGUUUUCGAUAAAGGUAGACUUCAUCACGGAUCACAAUUCACAUACGCAGUUGCAUGACAAUGUAUAUAAUUGUAUAGAUGCGCUGCGUCGCCCUAAACUUCUUGAUAACGACGAGCCCUCAAAACUUGCAUUACAGGGAAAGGAUUCUUCUGCGCUGGAUAUUCACUUGAACGAGAUAUUAACUCCAUUAUUGUUACAUCGGGAUUACUAUAGCGCAUACAGUAUCAGCGAAGUCGAGUUGAUACUGUUGUCAGGUGCCAACAGUGGCAAACAAUUCAUCCGGUGGUUCACGGACUUCCAGCGAGCUUCCGCAGAUGACGGUCGUUACGGCGGGCAUGAGGAAUGGGAGCUACACAUAAUACGAAUUGAAGACGUCUUGUCACCUUUCUUCGGUGAAAGCGAGCGCCGCUUAGUACUACAGUUCGAAGCAGCAACGUCCAACAUAAGUGAGAGUUCGACUUGUAUAUGCAUCGAAGGCGUGCACCACUUUCAACAAAACAAGGAAGAUUUGAGCGAAUUAGAUCGCAGGCUGCUUGCUACAUUGCUUCUUUUGCUCGACAGCGUUUCUAAGUCUGACAGCAUCCUGCCUCACACCCUUGUCAAUUCCAGUGGUGGGUUGCGGGCCAGCGGCUCUUUACUUGUGGUGGCAACUAGCGACUGUCAUGCCGACCAACUAUCAGAUGCACUCACAAGGCCUGGAAGAUUGGACAGGGUGAUAUAUGUCUGA